AAAUGUCUUAGAGGAUUCGCUGAAGAACAUGCUCAGCGAUAAGGAUCCUAUGCUAGGAUCUGCAAGUGCCCAGUUCUGUUUGCCUGUUUUGGAUAGCAAUGAUCCCAAUUUCCAGAUGCCUUGUUCAACAGGGACCAGGAUUCAUUAAUCACACAUAGGAUCUUGGGAUAGGAGAGGCUACCCUUGCAGAACCAUACUUAGAGAAAGUGAGGAGAAUGGCCGGUGCAGUGGCUUGACUGCCUCUUAGGAAACCUAUUUUCAGGAGCAACCUCUGGGAUCCUUCUCAGGUGGGAAGGGACAGUGAGGGACAGCUGAUCCUCUAAGGCUGGGGACCUUCCUGUGGCAAAAGUCAUUAAAAAUUUAUUGGUCUUGAUGAUAUUAUGGAUGAAGAAGGGGUUAAAGAACGUGGUAAUGAUACCAUUGAUGAAGAUGAGCUAAUUUUACCUAACAGGAAUUUGAGGAAACGGUUGGAAGAAACUUCAGUGAGAUCACCAAGAAAGUCACCACGUUUAAUGGCACAAGAACCAGUGCGAAGUUUGCGGCAAAGCACUAUAGCCAAGCGUUCAAACAUUGCACCUCUUGCUAAUACCAAGAAAACAGCUGUAAAAUGUGGAUCUGCUCAAAAGGGAGGACUGAAGCCACAAGACAAAGGUCAAACUAAAGAGGCAGAAGUUGAUACACCACUAAAGCUAGAACAUUCUAAAGAGAUUAGGCGUAGUGGUAGACGAUCUGGACAGUCAGAGACAUCAGCUUCUCCACAUAGUUCAGAAUGGUCCACUUGUCAUGAAAAGAUGGAUGAAGUAAAACCUGAAGCUGCCAAGCAGGAAAAAGUGGAUGAAACAUCCCGUGACCUAAGUGGUUCUCAUUUUUUGGACAAUUGUUCUUCUUCUGAAGAAACAAAGAGCAAACCGGAAAGUAUUAAUACUGAAUCUGGGAACGCUGGACCAGGUUUUUCAACCUCUGCAAAUAAUAAAGGUGAUAAAGUUAAAAAUGAAAUAAAUGAAACUAAGGAUGAUAAGGCGGUUUCUGAAACCUCUUCUGAAAAAGUAACUGAAUACAAAGCGGAGGAAGUGGAGGGAAAAAAUAAAGAAAAGGACCAAAGCAAGAUAACUGGAAUAGCUGAAGCUCUGUCUGGUACAGUGGCUUGUGUGAAUCCAAAUGAAAUGCAUGAGACCCUUUCAAUUACAGCCAGCUGUGGAGAGAAGCAGAUUGAAUGUAGGUUAGGUUCACAAACCGAUGUAGAAAUUGCUGGUAAAAAUGUAAUGUCAUUAAAAGAAUGUAAAACACAGUCUGUAGAAGACCCUAAAGAGACAGACAAAAAUAUUAAUACUAGCAAAUACUGGGAAACUACAGAAUAUCAUAAAACAGACUUGAAAAAUGAAGAUGCUGCUUCUGUUGAGCAGGGAAAUAGUGUUACAGAAAGCAGCAUUCAUGAUCAUACAAACCAAAAUGUACAGCAGCAGAUCAGCAAUAUUAAAGUGGAAAGCCAUGAGACAUCAAAGAUUCAGGAUGAUAGGAAGUUGAUUAACAUUUCAUCAAAAUGUCAAAAAAAUAUAAAGCCAAAACACAAUAAAUCUUUGGUACAAUCUAAACAGCUUUUGGCUGUAGGAGCUCAACAAAAAUCAGUUGCAAGACAAGAAAUGCAUUCAAAAACGAGAAUUGGUACCAACGUUCCAGGUUUUACCACUUCUUUGGUAAGCCUGAAACGGAAUGCAGAUGAGCCAGCAAGUCACCCAAUUAAAAUGAGGAAAAAACAAGCUGAUAAGGAUGCAAAAACACAAAGCUGUGCAUCAGGAGUUGCAACAAAGAAGCAGAUGCCCACGUUGGUGAAAAAAGUGCCACGAAUCCCAAACCUUGUUCAGGUGCAAAAAUCAUCAACUCACCGAGUGAGUGACAGGUCUCCUACUCAUCAGAGUUUUUCAAAAGAAGUCCCUCAUGCUGUCUCAUCAUCUGUGCAUUCAUUGUCUGGGCAUUUGCUACAUCUUAACCAGAAACAAGCACAAAAACAUCAGCUUGCAACUGCACUUAAAACAAAUAGUUCUGUAAAGGAAGAGAGUGAGACAAAAGAUCCUACUGGUACAGAACAUUUAAAGGAGGAUGAAAGAGAAAAACUGAAAUUUAAAAAAAUUGAGAAGAAUCUUCAGCCUCGUCAGAGAAGAAGCAGUAAAAGCCUUUCACUUGAUGAACCCCCAUUAUUCAUUCCAGAUAACAUCUCUACUGUCAAACGGGAAGGCUCAGAACAUCUCUCUUCAAGCGAAAGUAAAUAUGCUUGGGUUCCCAGCAAGCAGUGUGGCUUUUGCAGAAAGCCGCAUGGCAACAGGUUCAUGGUAGGCUGUGGUAGGUGUGAUGAUUGGUUUCAUGGUGAUUGUGUUGGGUUGAGUCUUUCCCAAGCGCAACAAAUGGGAGAUGAAGAUAAAGAAUAUGUGUGUAUUAAAUGUUGUGCUGAAGAAGACAAAAAACAUGAUUCUUUUGAUCAAAAUAUGAUGGACAGUCAAAUGAAAUUUGAAACUGCAAGAGAAGAUAGAAUGAUAGAAUCUGAGAAGCCUGGGAUGUCAAAGCAAACCUUUCCUUGUAAUCCAACUUCAGCAAAUGAAAAAUCUAAGCAGAUGGAUGACACAGUGAAGCACAAAGUCAAAAUUUUUAGACGGGAAUCUGGAGAUGGGAAGAGUACACCAGAAUACAGAGAUUCUGAUGUUAAAAAAGGGCAACAAACUACUGUUCGUAAAGUAGCGCAGACUGUUAUGCUUCCUCGUCGAUCCUCUGAAGAAAAAAAUGAAAAAAUAAACAAAGAUUCUCCUAGUGCUUCUUCCUCAAGUGAAAAGUCCACAAAGACAGGUGUUCAUGAGAAACAAGAAGUCAAGAAAAAGAAAACUGAGAAAGGGGGGCUGUCUAGUAAUACAAAUGUACCAUCUGUGCCAGCUUCCAAACCUUCUGCUGAUCAGAUACGACAAAGUGUCAGACAGUCUCUGAAAGAAAUUCUGAUGAAAAGACUUUCAGACUCUAGUUUGAAGAUUACUGAGGAAAGAGCAGCAAAAGUUGCCAUAAGGAUUGAAAAGGAACUGUUUUCCUUUUUUCGGGAUACUGACUCUAAGUAUAAGAACAAAUACAGAAGUUUGAUGUUCAACCUAAAAGAUCCUAAAAAUAACAUAUUAUUUAAGAGAGUACUGAAAGGAGAGGUUACCCCUGAUCACCUCAUAAGAAUGAGCCCAGAAGAACUGGCUUCUAAAGAACUAGCUGCUUGGAGACAAAGAGAAAACAGACACACAAUUGAAAUGAUUGAGAAAGAGCAGAGAGAGGUAGAAAGACGACCAAUCACCAAAAUUACUCACAAAGGAGAAAUAGAAAUUGAAAAUGAAACUCCAGUUAAGGAACAAGAAGAUGUUAUGGAAAUUCAGGAAGCCAGUACAGUUAAGCUGUUUGAAAAGACAGAGGAAGUUGAAAAAGAUAAGGAAGAUAAUGAAUCUUCAGAUACAACAAGUCAACACAAAAAUCAUCUUUUUGAUCUCAACUGUAAAAUCUGCAUAGGUCGAAUGGCGCCUCCUACUGAUGACCUAUCUGCAAAAAAAUUUAAAGUGUCUGUUGGAGUUGCGCGUAAACAAUCGGACAAUGAAGCAGAGAGCAUAGCAGAUGCACUUUCAUCAACAUCAAAUAUUUUAGCUUCAGAUUUAUUAGAAGAUGAUAAACAGGAGUUGUCAAAACCAGCAUCAUCUGUUCCAAGAUCGGAGACACCUGGUACCGUUGAAAGUGAAUCUCUGUUCCUGGCUCGACUGAACUUCAUCUGGAAAGGUUUUAUCAAUAUGCCUUCUGUAGCGAAGUUUGUCAUCAAAGCAUACCCAGUAUCUGGCUCUUUUGAAUAUUUAACAGAGGACUUGCCUGAUAGCAUUCAAGUAGGUGGCAGGAUAUCUCCUCAUACUGUUUGGGAGUAUGUUGAAAAAAUAAAAGCUUCAGGGACCAAGGAAAUUUGUGUAGUUCGCUUUACCCCUGUAACUGAAGAGGAUCAGAUUUCCUACACUUUGCUAUUUGCAUACUUUAGUAGCAGAAAGCGUUAUGGUGUGGCUGCCAACAACAUGAAACAAGUGAAAGAUUUAUAUCUCAUCCCUUUAGGUGCCUCAGACAAAAUUCCACAUCAUCUUGUGCCUUUUGAUGGGCCUGGGAUAGAGUUACAUCGACCAAAUCUGUUACUGGGAUUGAUAAUUCGCCAAAAAAUGAAGAGACAGAUGAGUGCUGUUACUACCACUAGCACUAGCUUUGUGGAUGAAAUUCCAGAAAGUGUUCCAAGCAACUUGCCACCAGAAAAAAAAAUCAAACCAUGCAAACCUGAAGUUUCUCAAACUGAACUGGUAUUAGAAGAGGAGGAAGAAGAAAACGAUUUUUUUAAUUCCUUCUCAACUGUGCUGCAUAAACAGAGAAAUAAACUCCAUCAAUCUAAUACAGAAGAAAAUCCAACAGUUAUUGAACCUUUAGUAGAAAGCAUUAAACAUGAACCACCAAAGCCUCUAAGAUUUCUUCCUGGAGUUCUGGUUGGUUGGGAAAAUCAGCCUUCUACUCUUGAGCUGGCAAAUAAACCACUGCCAGUAGAUGACAUACUUCAAAGUCUUUUAGGUACCACAGGACAGACAUAUGAACAGAAUCAGUCAAUUGUGGACCAGUGUGAAACAGGAGAAAUACCUUUAUUAAAUGAGCAACCAACCUUAAAAGAAGAAGAAAUGGCUGUGGAUGAAUUUACUGCUGAUGAAGAAACUAAAACUGGAUUAGAUGAUGCACAAGAAACUACAGAUGACAGUGUUACAGUGGAUACACCAAUUGAAGGGACUGCAUGUUCACCAGGAACUGCAGGAACUUUGAUAGGCCUUAGCCUUAAGGGUAAACCACCAGAUGUUUCUACGGAAGCAUUUUUAGCAAAUUUAUCUGCUCAGUCACAGAGCAGAGAAACUGAGGAAGGUAAAGAAAUUGACCCAAAGUGGCAGCUGUCUGACAAAGAGACUGUUGCAAAAGAAAUCAAAAGAACCACAGAUUCUAGCUUUUCUUCUUGCUCUUCAAAUUCAGGUAAAAUUAGUGAUGAUAAUAAUGUUAGCACAGGUACUGCUGAAGGUAUGGCUGCUAAUACCUCCAAAUCUCCACAGUUCAUUAAUCUUAAAAGGGACCCACGACAAGCAGCUGGACGCAGUCAACAAACUAAUGCUGGAGAAAAUAAGGAAGGUGACAUUAGCAAAAAUGAAGAUAAGCAAAAUGUAUGUGGUCAUUCACAAGAUAAAGAACACUUAGGAGCUUCAAGAAGUGAGCAGAUGGAAGUAGAAGAUAAAGAGCCACCCGGAGAGAAGGAUUUAAAUUCAUGCCAGAGUGAUAUUCCAGCAUGUGAGCCACAGUACACCAAAUCUGCAACAAAGGCAGAUAACGCAUGUUCCUCACAAACAGAAGAGACCAAACAGUUGCAGGAAGAUGGAGUGAUGAAAAAUAUUGAAACGGUGCAGCCAUUUAGAAGAGGACCAGCAACAACCUCAUCUCAUUUUGAAACAGAAAAUUCUUCUCGUUCUGAAUUCACUUCCAAAAUCCCCAGCUCACUUGCAGGUGGAAACUUCUCAUCAGUUAGGUCUCAGCAACAUAGUUUUCAGGCACCUAAAUCUAAUCCACCUGGAUUUCCAUUUCAAACACCCGUACCUCCUAACUUUCCUCCACAGAACAGCCCCUUGUUUGGAUUUCCUCCUCAUCUACCACCUCCACUUCUUCCUCCACCAGGUUUUGGCUUUGCUCAAAAUUCCAUGAUGCCAUGGCCACCUGUUAUUCAUUUGUCAGGUCAGGCACCGCAUUAUGUUGGGCCCAUGUCACAAGGGCUACCACUGGCUCAUAAACAGCCAAGAUUUGCCGGGCCAGAGAACUUUUUUCAGAGUAAAGACAAUAGGAGACCAGAAAGACGUCAUAGUGACCCUUGGGGGAGACAAGAACAUUUGGAGAGAGGGUUAAGUAGGGGGAAAAAUGAGCAACAUAGGCAAAGAUUUUAUAGUGACUCCCACCACCAAAAGAAAGACAGACAUGAAAAAGAGUGGAAUGCUGAAAAAUACUGGGAGCCAGACUCUGAGAGGAAUAGACGCAGAGACAGAAACCAGGAAAAGGAGAGAGAAAGAAAAAGCAGAGAGGAAGAACAUAGAGACAAAGAAAGAUUACGACUUUCACAUGGUGAUAAGGGAUCUGAUGGAAAAUCCUCUAGGGAGAGUAGGAAUCCAGAAAAAAAGACAGAUAAACCUAAAAGUGAAGAACAUGAAAAGGAUAAAGAAAGAGAGAAAAGUAAGGAGAAACAUAGAGAGCGAGAAAGUGAAAAGACCAGAGACAGACAUCACAAAGACAGGGACCACAGUGACAGAACAAAAAGCAAAAGGUAGAAAGAUGCAGGCAGUCUUUCAGCAAAUCCUAUUUAAGUAAACUGUUAGAGUUAUGUCCUAAACUUUGUAAAUGCCUGCUAGGAUUGUGCCAUCUUUUUUAUUCAGUGUUGGUGUUUUGCAGAAAUAAGUCUGUGUUUUGGUAUGAAGCUGCAUACCAAUACUCAUCCUCCUUUUUUUCAUUAUACCAACUAUCCCUAGAAAUAGGAGUUUAAUAUUUUUCAAAAUUUUACAUUGCUGUAUAGUCAAAAUUUUAAAGAUUUCUUUUAUUAAUAUGCAAUAAAGGCUUAGAAAUUUUUAGUUGAUGAAGUUGGCUUUAGUCAAGUAUGCAAUAUAGCUACUGCCUUUGGUAAUUUGUGCUCUCUUCUGUUUUAAGAUGCCCAGUAAUUUUAAAGUGAAUUUCAUACAAUAACAUUGUUUUUUUAAAUUGCACUGUUUUUAAAGACUGUAGCAAAGCCUCAGAAUUCACAAGCGUGUUACACAAUAUAAGUAAUAAACUCUGUGGUGUGAAGAUUUCUUUUUAAAUUAUCCAAUAGUAUAAAAAAGUAAUUCAGCUGUAUUUUCAGUAAUUAGCAAGUAUAUCCCAAGCAUCUAAAGCAGUUUGUGACCAGAAAUUGGAAGGCUGAGUUGUCUGAAUGUUAUUGCUUUAAACUGCACUUGUUUUAAUAAGAAGAAAAAAAAUCACACUAUAUUCUUUAAACUAUGAUUUGUCUAUUAAUUUUCCCAUUAUUUUUCAUGCUUCAAAAACUUGAAUACCUAAGGUUGUACAUUACCUUGUGUUUUGCUAUUGUUUUUACUGUAAAAUGUAAAUAUUUUAAGGAAUAUUUUGAUUCUAAAAAUGAUAAAACUUUCUCACAUAACUUGUGUGUCUGAUUUUAUGAGUGUGAAGCAGUAAGUUAAAUUAUAUAACAAAAAGAUGUA